AUGUCUCCUCAAGUCUGGCUCAUCACUGGUACCUCGUCUGGUUUCGGCGCCGAGUUUGUGAAAAGUGCUAUCGCUCGUGGCGACAAAGUGAUCGCAACAGCUCGCAAUGUCGAGAAAAUCAAUCAUCUCAAAGACAUUGGUGCCGCGACCAUGCAACUUGAUGUCACUGCCUCUCAGGCGGAGCUUGAUCGCAAGGCCAAUGAGGCCAUUUCCAUGUAUGGCAGGAUCGACGUGCUGGUAAACAAUGCCGGCUAUACACAAUUCGGAACCAUUGAAGAGAGCAGCCACGAGGAGUGGUUCACGCAGUUUAAUACUAAUGUCUUUGGAACCCUGAAUACAACUCGGUCAUUCCUUCCCCACUUUCGAAGCAACAAGUCGGGAGCAAUUGUGUUCAUUGGAUCAAUGGUCGCUUGGGAUGGUGUUCCAAUCGUUGGGGCAUAUUGCGCCUCUAAAGCCGCCCUUCACUGCACGUACCCACUAGAAGAUAUGAGCGAGAUACCUGCUAACACCGUCGCAGAUUCUGUCGAAUCGCUCCAGAAAGAAGUUGGCCCCCUUGGCAUCAAGACUCUCCUUGUUGAGCCUGGAACAUUCCGCACUGAUCUUCUCGCCGCCACCAACAGAAAAUCUGCCCAGUCCAAAUACGCCAUCGCCGACUACAAGGCUUUGACUGAGGCUGUCGAGAAUGGCUUCGCAAGCCUGGAUGGAAACCAAAUCGGGGACCCGGUAAAAGGUGUGGCUCUAAUCAUUGAUCUGGUCAAGGGGAAGAAUGUCGCAGCUGGAAAGGAGUGGCCGUCUCAACUUCCUAUCGGAUCUGAUGCUGUCGGGGUUAUUCGUAAGAAGUGUGAGGAAACUCUACGGGAGUUGGAGCAGUGGGAAGAAUUGGCAAAGUCAACGGACGCUUAG